GGAUGAAAAUUUAGUACGCUGCAGAUUUUCAUGGGAAAAACAUUUCAAUUCACUAUUGGUCCGUUCCUCGUCCGUGCGGCUGCCCAUUUUUAGUUCUUGGUGGCUUUCUCAUUGUGAUUACUAUUAUUGCUAGGCGCCACGGGACGACCUUUCGACCACUACUGCUGGGGUGAGUGUACGUGUCCUAUUCGGAGAAGUUGGAUGUCUUUGACCCGAUGAUGUACGAAUACCUAAUCAGCUAGACAGACUAGCAGUGCCUGAUCGGUUAUAAUUUGCUGCUCGGAUUGAACAAAGGAAGUGAGAAUCGAAUUCCGACGACACCCGCAAAAGCAAAAGGAUUUUGCUGAAGAGGUUACGUGCUCGUGAACAAAAAAUUAAUAAAAGAAGAAGAAUAUACCAAAUACUCAGAGACCACUCUGGGUGAAAAGUUGAAUAAAUUUGGUGAGAUAAAAACAAUAAUUUUAUGCUACGAUCCGUGUGAGGGUUGGUGAUAAAGAAAAGUUCUUUCUUUUUCUGUUUCCUACUCCUUUGGGUAAUAUUUUCCGUUACUGUCGGAAGUGGAAAAACUAGCAAGCCGUGUAAAAGUUUCAAAUUAUUGUCGCUUUGAGAGGUGCACAGGUGCACGGCAAAAAAGGAAAGUAGAAAAUAAUGGCUACUGAUCGUUGGUGAUAUAAUUUUGAAUGGUGUGAACAACAGGAGAAGCACAGUUUGUGAAAGCGAGUUUGAAGAGGGAACGUUGUGCGGUGAUAAAAAAGAAGGAAGCUCUAGAUUACGGUGAAAUUUAUUUGAAUUUUGUGCAUGGGAACAAGGCAACGAAGACAUCCUCUGAUCAAGCAUUCUUUAGCCGGAGAGAGAGAGAGAGAGAAACAGUUUAAGUGAGCAAAAUUUAAAGAAAUAGAAGAGCUUGGGAAGCGUGCAAAAAUCUGCAGAUUAGUGAUAUUUGACUGAGAUACAUUUUCCUACAGUAGAAUUGGCAAGAUUUUCUUCUCAAUUGGCUUUGCAGGUGGUGAUUUUUCCUCUGGCCAUUGUAGGAAACGGUUCAUUCGGAGAGUGAAAUAAUCAACACAGUGGAGAAUCCUUCAAUCACGUACAGAGACACCGAACGUACGAGUGAGUGCAUAUAUAUAAGCGCAGAAAAACCGUACUACUGCAGGUACGUUAGUGUACAUUGUUACUCAACACCGGUGAAAAUUUUGAGGGGGGGGUAGGGAAAAUUUAGCAGCGUUGUUAUAAAAUCAGUUCCCGUUUCUUUGUUCUGUGAAUGAUUAAUGAUCGAGCCAGGAAUUAACCGCUUCGUUUGAAGCAUAGUGUUUUCCUUUCAAAUUGGGUCAUGUACAGUCUACAUCUAACAGGAUGACGUGAUUUCAGAAUAUGUCACGUGCCUGACGAGUUGAGAGCAUACGUUGAUUUUCACUAGCGAGGCAGUCCCCAGUGCAGAUAAACUUCGUAGCACCUUUUAAUUAGACAAUCCGUGCAAACUAGAUUUCGGUGCGAUUCGAUGUGUGCAAGCAAGCGAAAUAGUUUAGAAUUGGCUUUACAGUUUGUCGUGUUUCGAGAGUUGAUCUCGGGUGUUUAUGCAAAUCGUCAAUUCGAUUGAGUGCUAGAGUAAACGAAUUAGGGCAGCUGAAACGAUUAGUAGGACCUGAUCCUGCUUUAGGAAAGUGCAGGAAUCAUCAAACGGCCAACAGGAUUUGUGCCCGGAUAUAAACGAGUUUCGUCAUCCGAAAGAUUUGAUGAAGGUUUCGAUGUAGGGAGGCAUGAGAUAGGAACUGAUCUUCAAACGUGUGCAAAAAGAUGUCCUAAUAUGGGUUACAUGUGCGGAAAAGCGCAUCAUCGCACGUCACCACCAGAGCAAAGUUGGAUUGAAUCAUUAACCUGUACCCAGUUGUCAGAACCUGCCACACCGAAAUCCACUGAAUCGACUAGUUUUUCCAUCGCCGGCUGCAACAAAAAAUACCAAAAGCAUCACCGGAAGGCCUGUAGCGAAAGUAACUCCACUCUACCGGGGCAUCACGUCGCCAGAGCCCGGAUUACGUCGGAAACUGCUGGUUUCGGAAUCAGUUUCCAUUAUCCAUUCAACCUUUUUCAUCCAUUCCACUCUUAUUCACUUCAGUAUUCGACGAUCAUUUUAGAUAAACUCUCGCAAUUUAUCACAAAACAUGUAGCUGCGAGAGGUAGUCCCAUCGGUAAUGCCACAACAGCAUAUGCCCCCAACGGAAUCCCUUCCGAGCAGCCUCCAAUAGCAUCGCCGCUAGCUGCUGCACCUGCAUGUCUGCAUUCCCACGAUACCGGAUGCAGGCCAUUUCCGAGCGUUGUAGCUAGCGCAUCAGAAAAUCAACCACAUUCGUCGUCAUCCCGAGCCUCCGUUGGUUCUAGUACGGGUACACUUGCUCCGGGAGGAGGCUUCACCUCACCGCCGUCAUCAUCGCCCUCAUCUUUCCUGUCGUUUGAUCCGUUCGCUGCACCAGUUGCAUACAUUGGCAGUACAGCAACCUCAACUGGCUGCACUAAGGUGGCAUCAUCUUCGUCAUCGUCGCCACUAUCGGAAUUAGCAUCAUCAUUAUUAUCGUCGCCAUCCCAUGCCUCGCCGGCGGCCCCCGCUCCCUCGUUUCGUCGUCCUGAUGUGAGCCUUCAGCUACCAUCAACGGCUCCUCCCAUAACACACCUAACAUCAUCAUCAACAUCGAGUUUGACCUCUGCGACUGCGACAGCAACAACGACGACAACGUCGACGUCGACGUCGACGACGACGGCUAGACCUAGUAGUAGCCAUUAUCUUGUAAGACACUCACUCUGUUUGUACGCCGCAUCUAGCGUUAUACUAGCAUUAUGUUAUCUAACAAUACCAACAGUUGCCUCAGAAGCACCACACACUAUGCGAGGAAAAACACGAUUCGCCGAAGGAAAAUCAGACAAAGAAAUUUUAGAUCAUCUACUGAAAGGUUCGCGAUAUGACAAGAGGUUGCUGCCACCGGUUGACGAUGCGGAUUUCUGCUGCGGUAUGCAAACGCCGGAAAUGGCAAAACAUAUGCCCGAUACGCGCAUUCCAGGACGUCCCCAGAAUCGCGGCUCCCUGACUGUAAAUAUUAGUGUACUACUAUUAAGCUUAGCAUCGCCCGAUGAAUCUAGUCUAAAAUACGAAGUAGAAUUCUUACUGCAACAGCAAUGGUAUGAUCCCCGGUUGCGAUACGCAAACCACUCGCAGUACGAAUUCCUAAAUGCAAUCCAUCACCACGAAGACAUUUGGUUGCCGGAUACGUACUUCAUCAUGCAUGGGGACUUCAAGGAUCCGAUCAUACCAAUGCACUUUGCGCUAAGGAUAUACCGCAACGGUACUAUCAACUAUCUUAUGAGGCGGCACUUGAUUCUGUCGUGUCAAGGUAGACUGAAUAUUUUUCCAUUCGAUGAUCCGCUGUGUUCAUUUGCUUUAGAAAGCAUAUCGUACGAGCAGUCUGCAAUACGGUAUGUUUGGAAAAACGAUGAGGACACUCUCCGGAAGAGUCCUUCACUAACAACGCUUAAUGCGUACUUGAUCCAGAACCAAACGAUAACCUGCCCCAUCAAAGCCAGCUGGCGAGCCGAAGGACAAACUUUGUCAGAGGAAGACGAAGAGUUUCUCUGUAAUUUAUGUCAGAGGCGGUUUGAGGAGCAAGGUAAUUACAGUUGCCUGAAAGUAGACCUAAUGUUCACGCGUGACCGUGCGUUUUACUUUACAACCGUAUUCAUACCGGGCAUCAUUCUGGUGACCUCGUCCUUCAUUACCUUCUGGCUGGAGUGGAACGCCGUCCCGGCUCGGGUCAUGAUAGGCGUCACGACAAUGCUGAAUUUUUUCACAACCUCCAACGGUUUCCGCAGCACACUUCCGGUGGUGUCGAACCUGACGGCGAUGAACGUGUGGGACGGUGUGUGCAUGUGCUUCAUCUACGCGUCGCUGCUGGAGUUUGUCUGUGUCAACUACGUUGGCCGGAAGCGACCGCUGCACAAUGUUGUAUAUAGGCCCGGAGAAAAUCCAGUCACUCAGCGUCUUCCAGCUGUCCUAAACAGGAUCGGAAUAAUUCUCGCAAGUCCCCUGACAUCAAGAUUAUACUCGGAAACAAUCGAGACCGAAUUCCGCACGGCCAUCGCAGCGGAAAAGCCGGUGACGGUGCCUACAGCAGCUCAAUCGACGACCGGCUCAGCAUCGCCGUCCACAAUUGGAAGCGGUGAACCGAAAGCAGCAUCCCGUCCCGCAAGUAUUUUGGUUGAAGAAGGCGUCCCGCUGAAUGAUGCGACCACAAAAAACCGUGUUCAGCGUCAACCGACCAUUCAGACGGAAAUCAACGAGGUUGGAGUGAUGGAAACGAGCUUUGGUGUCAAGAAACGGGAUUCCGGUGGACCGAACGAGAUUGUCGCCUGCACGAGCUGCGCGGGUGGAACCAGUCCCUGUACACACUCGGCCAACAACGGCUGUGCCACAGAGACAUGCUUCGUUCAAGUACGGAAAAAGGAACCACCGCAUCCUAUUAGGGUAGCAAAAACGAUUGAUGUUAUUGCCCGGAUCACCUUUCCGUCUGCAUAUGCGGUGUUUCUCAUAUUCUUUUUCAUACACUAUAAAGGAUUUUCCUAGAACACAAUCAACAAGCAUCUGCUUCACAAGAUCUAUACAAAUAAUCUGCUGUAGCGAAUUGGAAACACCGAUACAGAUGCUUCGGAAAAAUACACUACAUUUAAGUUGCGAUCUGUUAGUCGCAGUUCAACGCUAGUCAAUAGUCAAAGCCAUAACCAACGCAAAACCAGGUAGAAGCAGCAUCCCUAGCAGAGCCAUACGAAAGCGAAAUCCAGAUUUUGGUUUUCACCUGAAUAUAUUGAUCAAAUGUAAAAAGGUUUUAGACUUGCCGAGCAAGUACAUACUUAGAAGGCGAUCAUCGAUCAGCAGGUACAGCAGCCUGUGAUUUCUAACCAAUAGUUGACGAUGAUAGUAAAACGCAAAACAACAAAAACAAAUACUGCCUUUUAAAAAAACAUCAAACAAAAUAAAUCAAAAAAAAAACUGAACAUUAUGAAUGCUGUAAUGACAAACAAAUAUAUAGAAAGAAGAUUGUGAAAUACAAUUGUACAUAGGAGAUUUUGCCACAACUAGUCAAAUUCACGUUGCAAUCACAAAAAAAUCAGUAGCCAGACACAUCCAAGCGACCGAAAUUAGUUGGUUACCAUUUGUUAACCAACUAUUCUUCUUUCCAUUGCCAAUGCGAAUAGUAAUGUAUUUUACCUGAUUAUUAGAGUACUUUUGGGAUUUAUCUCGAUUAAGCCUGAGCUAGCAAAUCGCUCGUGCAUCAAACACAGAGAAAAAAAACACUAUACACUAACAGAAAUGAUUUUGUUUUUGUAUUACAAUGAAAAAAAAAUACUCAGAAGAGAAAACAAACAAACCAAACACGCCAAGCCAAUGACAAAAUAUUGCAAUCAAGUAGCAGUUUAGUAUGGAAUGACAGAAAUCAUAGCAAUAUUAUUUAAGUAAAAGUCAGCAUAAUUAUAUGAAUAUUUAUAUGGCGGUAAAAAAAAACGAUUCAAUGAUAAAGCUUAGGUAAGAGAAAACCCUAGUCAGAUAAGCAAACACAAACCAGUAUAACUUUUUUAAGUGAAACAAACCGUUAAAUCCACAUUGUAUUUUAUACCCAUUUUCUACGAAAUCUAAACAUGAAAAGAAAAAAAACCGAUUUCGAUCAAACAGACGAACAUAAUAUAGACACACGGUAUAAAGUGUGAGAGCACAGAAGAUUUCUACUACUCUCUAGAACAAAAUAACAUAUUCUAAUCGAUUGAAUCAGACGACUUACUUUCGAUAGUGCCGAUGCGGAAAGAACAAACCAAAGAUGAAGCGUUUACCGAAAUACAAGUUGCAUUAGGAACACACCCACUUUGUCAAACAAUCAGCAGCUUUUGAACAGUAACAUAUAUUUAAAAACCAAAAAAAAAACAACAUUUCUAGGCAGCUCUCAGGAUGAUUUGGUUCUCUAGAAGAAGAGUGUUUUUGGGGUUUGUCCAUUCAGUGACCGGUGGCUGCGCUACGGGUCUAGUCUUCAUUGUGUGUAAAAAAUUUAACUGAAAUUUUUGAAAAGUCAUCACCAAGUACCCAAUAUAGCCUAUGGGUCUGAGUCACAGCAAACGCUGAUGGGCUGGUGUUCAAGCUUGUAUACAAUUCUAAUUCCUUUUCACUGCUUUACGACAAUUUUUAAUGUCGUUUUCGCUUGAGAAAACUAAAACUGACCCAGGAUAGUUUCAUCAAACAAUCACCUUUCACAAAUCUGUGUUGGGUCCGCACUUAGCACCCAAAAUGUACUAAAUAUUUCCUGGGUGCCAGCACUACAUCAGUGAUUUUCAAAGUGGACGCUACUGCAUUUCAGGUGGGCAGUGAUGUUCAUGCUUAAGAUUUUUAAGAGCAAGAAAAAAUAGGGCAAAAAAUUUAUAAAUUCUUACUUUUGACAGCGUCUGUCUCUAUCUAAAUAUUCUUUCAAUACAGUAGUGCACUUGGACAUAUAUUUCAGGUAAAUGAGCUCGAUCAUAGCUUUUGUCUGUUCGCUACUGCACAAAACAUUUUCCUUAUCCUGCAACUUUCGAAGAACGUUUGAAAGUUGAACUCAAUUAGUUUGUUUUUUUUUGCAAUAACUGACUGGAAACAUAUGUUGAAGAAGCCAAAUGAAGGAAAAACUUACAGGACAGGACACGAACCUGCGUUCUUAUGCAUUCCGUGCAUACGCACUACCAUUUCGCCACCCUAAGCCUUGUGAUAGACACAGCUCUACAACACGACUAGGCAUGAUAGAACGUACAUCAAACAUGGUCUACAUCCUGGCCGUCUCACGACCGGUACCAUGCAUCCAAACAUCUUCUUUGUCCAUCAAACACUAGUUUUCUCGCUCUGUACCUAUUUUUGCUCAAGCACUGAGUAGGAGAGUUCACUCAAUUAACCCAUCCGAAAGACUGUUGGUUUACUUAUCACGCUAUGUUCAUCGUAAAAUCUACGUUUUCACCGUGGUUAAAUGCUUUAGUGAUUUUUAGGUUGAAUGCUCAAUCAACAAAACAUUAAAAAAAUAAUCUCAGUAGUCUAUCCGGCAAUCGAGGACUAUAUGAACACAUGAAUCUGUGAAGUACUGACCGUAUGAGACUAUACAUGAGGUCCUAUAAAAAUAAAAUUUGAUAACCCGUGCGCAAAUGUACAUAUCGAUUCUUGGAUAAUACAAGCAAAGUUUGAAAAAAUCUUGUGAUUUUUCAUCUUAUAAGAUGCACAUAAAUGGUGCGUCGUAUAGCUCACAAAUUUAUAUUCAAAAACACGUAAAGUUGUGUGAUUUGAAAAUUACAUGGUCGAAUAAAUAAUCAAAUUACAUGGUCGAAUAAAAUAAAAAUCAAAAGAUCGAUAUCAGCAGCGCGACUUGAACCAAGACCAUCAGCUCACAAAGCACGUCAGUUAAUCAACUGAACCGAAUAAGGCCCUUAUCUGCUUGAUGAAAAAUUGAUACCUAUAAAUCCAUACAGCGGCACUUGGUAGCCGAAUGCAAGUUACAUUCGGAGCCUAUCAAAUUCCGGAUUCCGGAGAGUUCAACUAAAUAUUAGUGAAUAUAUUUUUUUAGUUCAUUUUAAAUUGCAGAAACAAAGGUUCCACGUCGAAGGGCAGUUGAUAAAUUCUCGGAUAAAUUUGUGACAACAGUUCCGUAUGUACUGAUCACAGUUUUCCCACCAGAAAUUCAGCUGAUAUAUAAUUGUAUGAAUUGUGAAAUCAAUAAUUAUAGGAUGAUAGCCAGGCAGCAACUGGCACAGUGGAGAAGGCAACAAACGAUUAUAAAUCAUUAUUCUAUGUAAAAAAACGGUGCUGUUUUAGAACUGUGUCUUCCACAGUUCAGGGUGGCGGUAAUGGUAAACACGUGUGCACGGAUUGCAUAAAAACGCAGGUUAAAGUCCUGCCUCUGAGCGUAUUUUUAACAGAAAAAAAACUUUUCUGUGAGCUUCUCAUUCAUUUGGCUUCUUCAAUAUAUGUUUCCACUCAGUCAUUGCAAAAUUGAACAACAAAACAACAAAAUUAUGGGGUCAAAUCAUUCAAACAAUGGUGCCAUUUCUUCCGUUUCUUUUUUGCAGCAUCGGCCUAAAAGACGGUUUGAAAUUUUAAAACACACCUCUCCUUUGUUUGGGACUUUUGUGUUGAGCCAUCUCGGAUAAAGGUGAGUGAGUUCCGGUUGGGAGAUUUUGAACCCCUUCUUCCAGUACUGCCUAAAACCGGGUUUUGAGAACCAGUACAGCGAAAUCGGUGCGUAUGGUCAACAACUUACAUCACCUAUCAUCACAGAGAACAGACAUCCAAGCUAGCAUAAACUUUUUCAAAAAAUCGCAUACAAGUGCAAAUCCGUUAAAAAUCACCGUUGCGUACGACUUUGCACGCGUGAAUUACCAUUGUAUGGAAGCUCAAGCGCAAGAGCCUACAAGCGAUUGGACUGCUCGCCUCUAUAGGCAAAUUGUUACUUGGUGAUCACUUUGACAAAUAACCGUUAAAUUUCUUACACACAUUGAAAUCUACUUGGAUGUCUGUUCUCUGUGUUAUCAUUGGUACAUCAUCGUCGCUCUAUACGACGGCUUGAUAUUCGAUAUGUUCAGGAAUUAAGAAAAGGACCAUAAGACCUUUUAUUUGGAUCUAUGUUUGAGAAAAUCGGUCAAGCUAUCUCUGAGAAAAGUGAAUGAUUUCCGUUUUGGAUGUUUUUGACAACUAUAUUCGGUACUUCCGAAACCGGAUUUCGGGGACCGGUAUAUCCGAUGUGAGUUUGUGGAGUCGUGAACUUGCUAGAUCUGCGAAAAAGUGGAAUUUAUUCAUUAUUUUUUAAAAAUGAACUCAUUUUUACAAAGUCUUCUGUAAAAGCAAACUGUGGAAUUUGCAGUUUUUUUUCAGUCCACAAUCUAGAACCGGAAGUCCAUAUGAAAUUCAAAAAUUUUCAAUUUGGUCAACGUUGGUUUCAUUUGAGCCAAAGUUUAUUCGAAUCGGUUCUGCCAUUUCGGAGAAAAGUGAGUGCAUAUUUUGUGCAAUUCUUCAUUGUCUAAGUUUGUGAAAACAAACCUAGGGGGAGAUCAGUCUAAACUUUGACUCAGGGUGGCGGAUAUGGUAAACGCAUAUGCACGCAAUGCAUAAGAAUGCAGGUUCGAGUCUUGCUGUAGGGAUUAUCUAUUUCCUGAAAAAUCAUCUUUUUGUGAGUUUUCUUUCAUUUGAUCUUCCAAUCUAUUUCCCGCUCAAGCAUUGAAAAUAAGUGGGCUUAAGAAAGUUUAGCAAGGAUUAGCGAGUUGAGAAAAGCUUUUGGGAGAUAUUUGUCACAGUAAGUACAGAUUCUCGCGUGGUUUCCCUUUGCGUCAAAUCAUAAUUCCGAGAUACUAGACAAAAAUCUCGUCCAGAUGUAUUUCAACUACGACAUUUCGAACAGCAGGUGAUAGAAAGUUGUCGAUCUAAUUUUUUGAAUUCCAAUCCUAGUGGAUAAUGGUGCUAACCCAGUGACACAGGCUUGCAAACAUUUCUCUCACAUAUAAAUUAGAUUUGUAUUUGGCAACCCUAUUUUAAUGGCGUUAUAUUGAAGGGGCUAGGAUCCAAAAAAAAGAUGGACCUAUUAUCGUUCUUCGUACUGAACCCGCCUAGAGGUCGUGUGAAAUCCGGUGGCAAAAAAUGCUGGGUUCCUGUUUCCAUGUCGUAAAAGGCCACAACUGCAGGAAUUUCUCUUUUCCUACUUUCAGUUACAAGAAUACUUUUUUCACUAAACUAUCACUUCGUUCUAGGGUUUUUUUUAUAUUUCUAGCCAUUCGAGCGUUUAAGAAUAGUCUAAUCUAGAAAAAGUAUCCGCCGUUUCCCAAUAGGUGACUGUACCGGCUGAGGGUGGUCAAAAUACAUAGAUGAUAAUGCCUUUAAAGUGAGUGUGUACAGUGCCUAACGAAUUGUCAUCGCCGUUUCAGUGACAGUUGUUCUUGUUUUCGUAUUAUUUACGAUCGAAAAUGUCUGUUUAUGUGCCCAAUUCUCGCCAUUUGCGGGAAGUUUUACUUUUCUGUUACAAUUCGAAAAAAAAUGCAACUGAAGCGCAUCGAAUACUUUCAGACAUAUAUGUACGGUGAUGCUGCUCUGAGUAAAAGAACGUGUUGGGAGUGGUUUCAACGUUUUAAAAAUGGUGAUUUCGAUGACGAAGACAAACAUGGAAGAGAAAAAACCUUCAAAGAUGAAUAACAAUUUACUACGAGCUCUUAAAACCGGGUGAAACCAUCACAGGAGAUCGCUACCGAACGCAACUGAUGCGCCUUAGUCGCGCGCUAAAAGAAAAGCGGCCACAGUAUCAAGAGCGACAUGGCAAAGUUAUCCUCCAACACGAACAAUGCUAGGCCUCACGCCGCAAAUGUGGUCAAAAAGUACCUGGAAACGCUGAAAUGGGAAGUCUUGCCCCACCCGCCGUAUUCCCCAGAUGUCGCUCCUUCUGACUUCCACCUAUUCCGUUCGAUGGCACACGGUCUAGCAGAUCAACAUUUUCAAUUCUUCGAAGAGUUGGAAACAUGGAUUGCUUCAUGGAUAGCGUCAAAAAAGGACUCCUUUUUUCGAGCCGGGAUCUGAAAAUUUCCGGAAAGAUGGGAGAAAGUUGUCACUAGCGACGGACAAUACUUUGAAUAAUACAUCUGUAAGCACUUUUUCGCAAUAAAGCUUUAAAUUUUGGAAAAAAAACGGCGGAAGUAAAGUCAAACAUAUCAUAUCAAACAUAUUACCGUCUAGCCGGAUAACCAAAGAGAACUUCGAUUGGUACGAAAUGGGUUCUAUCACCGACUUGAGACUAAUAUCUGAACCAUGCCAGCUGUGAACAGACCGUUCAUAUAAUAAGUUCUUUACUACCAGAAAGUCUUCUGAGUUGCGUUUCUUCACAUCCAUAGUAGAUCUAUUGGCAGAACGAUUUCCCCGGAACGGAGAAGAUUGCAAAUUGAGAGUUGUCUUUGAAAAUUUGGGACACCUGGUUUCGUGUUUCUUUAUUUUCAUUUUACCAGUCAUUUUUUCAGUCUGUUUUUUUUUUGUUGCAAAACAGGCUUAGGCAUAUGUGGACGAAACUGCGUAUUUUUUCAAGGUGCGCAAUUGAUUUUCUACAAAUUUGAUAUAAGCCAGAGACAAGAAUAGCUAACCAUUUCAUACAACCCAUUAGUUUUCGCAACUAAUUCCACAUCAUCCGAAAAAGCAGCUAACUCCGUUAGUAAUUUAGAUAUGCAAAUUACCUCACUAGAAAACGUUGAAUAAUUCUGACUUCGUUAUUGUACCGAUAUAUAGGUGAAGAUUUUUAUUCAUAAUUAUUUCCAUAUAUUAACGAACUGGAAAUUUAAGAUAUCAUAAAAUCUCGAAAUAAAAUCAUGCUGAGAGAAUUCUAAAAGCGAAGAUUGUGUAAGCACCCAUAUUCAACAUUCAACAUUUGAAGAGAGAGAUCAGAGUACAUAUAUUAUUGUGUAUAGCAAAUAUAUCAGUGUUUAAACUUCAACCGUGUAUGUGAAGCGCAAAAGUUUUAGUCUUAUUGCGUUAUAUUGCUUUUGACCUCGUCAAACAUCAUGUGUACUGUUUAAUUUUGAUUACUUCUCGGUUGUUAGCAUGGCAUUGAAACAAGAGUAGCAAAGUGUCAAAAUUUUGCUCGCACAUCGUGAAAACCCAAACUAUUCGCACGCAAAGUAAUUGAAAUUUAAAAAUGUUGCCAAACCAAGCAAAUUAGGUCCGUCAUCACUUUCAGAUUUAAAAGAGCUUCCUGAGCACGAAAAUUAAUACUACUAAUGAAAAAGAGAUUUUGAAAUACUUUGAGCUCCCGAAGUUCGAAAAAGAAAUACAUCGUUUGGCGAGCCAUCUGCUCCAAAGGCUUGAAGAGCGAUGUUUAUACCACGACGAGAAUCAUUAACCAAAAAUUGUAUGUACCGAAACGCCAGAACAAACUUUGGUUCCCUUUCUCGAGCAGUAUAAAUGCUUCGUUCUGUUUCGACCGGAUUUAUCAUCUCGGUAUCAUGAAAUGGUAUUUCACGAGCACGUUCCUGCUCGAAGACAUAAACUUCCCCAAGACACCAAAGCUACGUCUAAUAAAAAAAUAUUGAGACAUUAACGAUUAUCAUAUUGAGACAUUGUUAAACGCAAACUCAAGCGGCAGGCUGUUGUCCGCGCGAUGUAUCCCAAGGCAUAGAGACAAUAUGCAGUUCUUUUGAUGAGAAAAGUUACCAUGGAAGCAAUUAAAUGAUCCACUAUUCAUAUUUGCAAGUAAUAUAUUGGCUUGAUAAUAAACGAAAUUUAGCAACGAUUCCUUGAAAUUUUUUUACAUGUCUACAUAAAUUUGUCAUGAAUACAUUUUGCUCUGACCUUAUCUCAGAUACUAUUUUUUAAAUGGGAAAGCCCACUUUUUAGGACUUAUUGUUCACCUGUUGUGUUACUAUCCACUAAAAAUUAGCUAACGCCCCUCUGGUGGGCAGGAAUUACUGAGCCAGACCAAGUAAUCGGGUAGAUUUCCGUUAAUCCCGUUUUUAAUUCAUUGAAAUAAAACUAUCGCAAAAUUUCCACCAUUAAUCGAAAGAUAUGGGCUUCUUUUUCUGUAAUAUAACCCUCCAAUACGCAGCUAACUGAACACUGAUUCGACAGGACCCAAUCGACUAGAUCCCAAGUCAUCCCACCAACACAUAAUUAGAAUAAGUUUCAUCUCGAAGAAACAAAUGCCACCAAAGCUUACUGUAAGAAAGUCACACCAUGACUACUGGUAAAAAUAAAACGAGGUUAGCUUAAAACGUCCCAACUCAAGCAAGAGCAACUAAUUUCAAGAGAUUCAGUAUCGGACCAAUUUUUGAACAAACGAACAAUGAACAAUUGCUGUGAAUAAAAAGUUUCCUUAAUUAUGUAAUACAGGGUGAUUUUUUAAGAGCUUGAGAACUUUUUUAAACAAUAAAACGCAUAAAAUUUGCAAAAUCUCAUCGGUUCUUUAUUUUAAACGUUAGAUUGGUACAUGACAUUUACUUUUUGAAGAUAAUUUCAUUUAAAUGUUGACCGCGGCUGCGUCUUAGGUGGUCCAUUCGGAAAAUCCGCUUUUUUAUCGACAAAUUUUGUUCAAAUUUUGGCUCAUUUCUGGUUGAAUGGCUACGUAAAUAAGCAAAAUUGCCGCAUUUGGAGUGAAGAGCAACCAGAAGCCGUUCAAGAACUGCCCAUGCAUCCCGAAAAAUGCACUGUUUGGUGUGGUUUGUACGCUGGUGGAAUCAUUGGACCGUAUUUUUUCAAAGAUGCUGUUGGACGCAACGUUACAGUGAAUGGCGAUCGCUAUCGUUCGAUGCUAACAAACUUUUUGUUGCCAAAAAUGGAAGAACUGAACUUGGUUGACAUGUGGUUUCAACAAGAUGGCGCUACAUGCCACACAGCUCGCGAUUCUAUGGCCAUUUUGAGGGAAAACUUCGGAGAACAAUUCAUCUCAAGAAAUGGACCGGUAAGUUGACCACCAAGAUCAUGCGAUUUGACGCCUUUAGACUAUUUUUUGUGGGGCUACGUCAAGUCUAAAGUCUACAGAAAUAAGCCAGUAACUAUUCCAGCUUUGGAAGACAACAUUUCCGAAGAAAUUCGGGCUAUUCCGGCCGAAAUGCUCGAAAAAGUUGCCCAAAAUUGGACUUUCCGAAUGGACCACCUAAGACGCAGCCGCGGUCAACAUUUAAAUGAAAUUAUCUUCAAAAAGUAAAUGUCAUGUACCAAUCUAACGUUUAAAAUAAAGAACCGAUGAGAUUUUGCAAAUUUUAUGCGUUUUAUUGUUUAAAAAAGUUCUCAAGCUCUUAAAAAAUCACCCUAUACAAUCAAAUAAUUUCCAAUCCUUUACUGCUUACUAUUCAAUGUACUCAAAAGUCUUUCCAAAUCUCUAGUACUCUCUGCUCUCGAACCCGCUAAGCUUGAUUUUUAGCAUACAUUUUUCAGCUCAAAAGACUGUGAACGUAGGCUCGUAGUGAUCACAUUUGGCGCAAUAAUUAUGCAAUAAUCAAACACUAACACUAACUGGGUUAAAAAUUCCAGCUUCCAAAAUCUAUUGUGUGUGUGUGUCACGACAAACAAAAAAAACAUGAAAUGACGUAAUUUGAAUUAUACAAAUUGCAUGUAAAAGUUCACACCAUACAUUCUAACAAAAAUGUUUUUCAUCAUCUCAGUUCAAGAGAGUUACCAUAACUGUGUAUUCCCAAUCCAUCAUUGUCAGAUAAAUUUGAACGUCAUCACACAGCAAGCAGCGGGAUAAGGAAUGGUUAAAGGAUUUAAAAUUGUGAUUCAUGUGCCCAUAGAAGUUACUAUAUUUAUACAACAGUGAUAGGCAUACUGCAAACUACUGCUAUUACGACUACACAUACUACUUUUACAACAGCUAUAACUACUACAGCAACUGUUAUUAACACGAAAUUGUAAAACAACAAAAAAAAAUAACGUGCUACUCAAGUGCUUAGUUUUGUCAUAUUACAUAUCAGGUGCGAAAGGAAGUUUAGGACGCCGCAAAAAUUUGAUAGACUAGUCAAGAUUAUUGUCACUAUAGAAAUAAUAGUUAGUGUUACUGUCGUGCUUGGUUACAUUUUAUUUUACAAGAAGUUUUCGUUAAGUUUGAACAAUUUGAUUUUGUUAAUCUUAAAACUGAAUAUGAAAUCUCUUACGAAGUAACUAAGUUUGCAAUCCAAGAGAUCAAACAAUAUUCUAAAAUGUUAAACGUUAUUCUAAACAAAUAUAAAGUUCAUGUUUGCUAUGUUAUGACACUAAAAGCUUUUCGAAAAAGACAACUAAUUUUAAUUUAUUGUUCUUAACCAUCUGAAUCAAACAAUUCCAUUCACGAUAGAGUUACUUAAAUACAUAAUUACUGAGUUUCCGUUUAAAAGAACAUACUUGCAAGAAUGAGUCCAGAUUCGAUUUCAACUUCACUCGAUACAUUCAAAUCCUAUGUUCGCUCUAUGUUCUAUGUUCGCUCCAAAUCAUGAAAAUGCCACCUACCAAAGAGUUGAUUACCAUAUGUAAAUUAAAGCAGAAUUAUUAAUAGAUAGUUAAAAUGAUACAGCUCAGCUAAGAUUGUGAUUUAGUAAACAAAUGAAAUAAUGAAAUAAAAAAACACUACACAGUAAAAUGAAAAUACAAAGGAAUAAAAUAGCUGUUUGUAAAGUUUGCUAUAACACUAACACUCUCACACACAUACACAUACACCGACACUAGUAAGACGACCGAUAAUUAUAAGCAAAUAAUUCAACCAAAAUUACACAAACACACACACUUGUAAAAUAGUCGUGAACCACCCACCACCCUCUCUCCCAAUUUUAUAGUGACAUAAUUGAGUGCAAAAUCCAAGCCAAACAACACACAUACAAACACACUGUAUUUAAGCCUCUACUCGUGUAUUUGCUAGAAAAUUUAAGGUACGAAACCAAAACCAGAAUGUCACUUAUCCGGAUAUAAGUGGCCAUAAAAGAAGAAUAAUGUUCGAACAAUAUGGGUAAUAAGUAAGAGACAGGAGCGAAUGAGUCGUUUCACUACAAGCUAAACUUGUAGGAAAGUCAACUGACACUUCUAUAGACAACCAAAGCGCAAGCACAAGCAAGCUCGCAUGCAAGCAUUAAAAGGAAAAGCUAUUACAUACAUUUACAAUUAAACACGUGCUAAAGGAAACAAAAAACCAAAGUAAACACAAGCACUCUAAUCCACGAAUUAUGACUAAUUAUCUACUCUGUUAUGUAAUGUCAAAGAAUAGCGUAAUCAUACAAACAAUUUGUUACUUUUACUAUUCUUUCAAAAUGGACACAGCAAAACAAGAGCUAGAGAGAAUUUAAUAUACCUAAGCAGAGAUGGAAAUACAUUUUUUCGUCCAUUUAUCGUUACCGGCGGAAAGAGAAAUAGUAUCUGUAUUGAAUAGUUCUGAUUGGAACGCGAAAGAAGUAUAAGAAGAUGUUGUCGUAAAUGAAUAUUUUUUUAUUUUUUCUAAUAAACAAUUUUUGAAUCGAGGAAAA